AUGGCCUCAGCUCCUUCUGUGACUAGCCUGGCGGAUGAGGUCAACUGCCCUAUCUGCCAAGGCACCCUGAGGGAGCCAGUCACUAUUGACUGUGGCCACAACUUUUGUCGUGGCUGCCUCACGCGCUACUGCGAGAUCCCAGGCCCAGAAUUGGAGGAGUCCCUCAGCUGCCCGCUCUGCAAAGAGCCCUUCCGCCCAGGGAGCUUCCGUCCCAACUGGCAGCUGGCCAGUGUGGUGGAGAACAUCGAGCGCCUUCAGCUGGCGUCCACGCGAGGCCUGGAGGCGGAGGAUGCCUGUCCUGAACACGGGGAGAAGGUCUACUUCUUCUGCGAGGAGGACGAGGCACAGUUGUGUGUAGUGUGCCGUGAGGCCGGACAGCACCGGGCUCACACCGUGCGCUUCCUGGAGGAUGCAGCGGGCCCCUACCGGGAACAAAUACAGAGGUGCCUUGUGUGUCUAAGAAAAGAGAGAGAAGAGAUUCAAGAAAUCCAAUCAAGAGAAAACAGAAGAAUACAGGUACUCCUGACGCAGGUGGCCACCAAGAGACAACAGGUGAUUUCGCAGUUUGCACAUCUGAGCCAGUUCCUAGACAGACAACAGAGCGUCCUCUUAGCACAGCUGGAGAGGUUGGAUGGGGACAUCCUGAAGCAACAGGAAGAGUUUGAUACCCUGACCACCAGGGAGAUCUGCCGGUUCAGCACCCUGAUCGAGGAGCUGGAGGAGAAGAACAAGCGGCCAGCUCGGGGGCUCCUCACGGAUAUUAGAAGCACUCUAAUAAGAUGUGAAACCAGGAAGUGCCGGAGACCCGAGGCUAUAUCCCCAGAGCUGGGCCAAAGGAUCCGGGACUUCCCCCAACAGGCCAUCCCUCUGCAGCAGGAGAUGAAGACAUUUCUGGAAAAGCUCUGCUUUGAGUUGGACUAUGAGCCAGCGCGUGUCUCUCUAGACCCCCAGACUUCCCACCCCAAGCUCCUGCUGUCUGAAGACCACCAGAGGGCUCGGUUCUCCUACAAAUGGCAGAGUUCACCAGAUACUCCACAGCGUUUUGAUCGGGCCACUUGUGUCCUGGCCCAACGUGGCUUUACGGGGGGGAGACACACUUGGGUGGUGAAGGUCGACUUGGCCCACGGAGGCAGCUGCACUGUGGGUGUGGUGAGAGACGAUGUUCGUCGGAAGGGAGAGCUGCGGCUGAGGCCGGAGGAGGGAAUCUGGGCCGUGAGACUGGCCUGGGGCUUUGUCUCAGCACAGGGAUCCUUCCCUACAAGGCUGGCCCUGGAGGAGCAGCCCAGGAAGGUGCGGGUGUCCCUCGACUACGAGGUAGGCUGGGUGACCUUUGUCAAUGCCAUCACCCAGGAACAUAUCUAUACCUUCACUGCCUCCUUCACUCGGGAAAUCUUCCCCUUGUUUGGACUCUGGGGCAGAGGGUCCAGUUUUUCUCUGAGCUGUCAAGAAGGUGCAGCUUCUGUCCUCUGAGCACAGGGCUGGAAGCGAGCACUGGGGAGCUGAACUUUGGUUCCCCGGGCACAAAAGUGGCUUUUCCAGACAACUGGGACAGCCUGCAUCAGUAAGGGGGCGAGGUGGUCGCACCUCCAGUCCCUUCACUGCUGAAGCCUUUCCCCAGUACCUAUCAGAUGCUCAGGUUAAGUGGGACUUUGGCUGCCGCUGGCCAUUCUUGCCAUUGUCAUCAGUGGGCGCAGACAUAGAUGUACAUGCAGAGCUGGGUACUAGCUUACAGACCUGCACCCAGAUGAGAUCCUGGGCUCAGCCAGCUGAGGGUUUCAAACAAGCCCUUUGCCUCUUUGUUUUGUUUUCUUCCAAAGAUGUUGGCUGAUUUAUUCAUAUAUUCAAGAAACACUUUGGAGGAGUGGAUAUGAUCAAAAUACACUGUGUACAUGAAUG